AUGGUGGAAUCUAGCAGGCUUCUCUAUAUUAGAAACAAUCAAAAUGCAUUGAGAUGUGAAGCGUAUAAAGGACUUUCAAAUGCUUUGACCAGAGGAGAAGUUGAUACCAGCAAACAAGGUAAACGAAUAAUCUUACCAUCCAGCUUCACUCGCAGUGCUAGGUAUAUGAUUCAGAAUUAUCAGGAUGCAAUGGCAAUUUGUCGACACAAGGGAUAUCCAAACUUAUUUAUCACUUUCACAUGUAAUCCAAAGUGGCCCGAGAUUCAAAGAUACAUGCAAAAAUGCAACUUGAAAACCGAAGAUAGGCCAGACAUUAUAUGUAGGAUUUUCAAGAUGAAGUUAGAUUCUUUAGUGAAAGAAAUACGGUCAGGGAAUCUAUUUGGUGUUGUCACUGCAGAAAUUCCUGACAAAGAAUUAGACACUGAUUACUACCAAGCUGUUCAAGAAUUUAUGAUUCACGGUCCAUGUGGAAUAGAAAAGCCCAAAUCUCCGUGCAUGGUGAACAACAGGUGUUCAAAACACUUCCCAAAGAAAUUUGUUGAUGUAUCCACUUGGGAUGAUGAGGGUAUCCAAUAUACAAGCGUCGUGACAAUGGAAAAACUGUGGAAAAGAAUGUAUGUGAACAAAGGUAAUGAUAGGGUCACAGCGGAAUUCUACAGGAGCACCACUGAUGAGCGGUCAAAUGAGGUUGUAGAUGAGAUCAGCAUGUAUUAUGAUUGCAGGUAUGUUUCUGCCUGCGAGGCAGCUUGGAGACUUCUUAGCUUUGAUGUCCAAUUUAGGCAUCCUCCUGUGGAAAGAUUAAGUUUUCAUCUUCCAGAUUGCCAAUCAGUUGUGUUUGAGGAUGAUGACCGUAUAGAAAGUGUACUUAAUCGACUGACAGUAAAUCAAAGCAUGUUCACUGCAUGGUUUGAUGCUAACAAGAAAUAUGAUUCUGCUAAGUCCUUGCCUUAUAUUGACAUGCCAACCAAGUUUGUGUGGAAGAAGGAUAUUAGAGAGUGUCAUCCAAGGCAGAAAGGGUUCGCCAUUGGACGGAUUUUUUACGUACCUCCUGGAAGUGGUGAAAUAUAUUACUUGAGAUGUCUCCUAAAUGUAGUUCGAGGUCCUACAAAUUUUGAAGACAUCAAGUCAUAUAAGGGUGUAAUAUAUCCAACUUUUCGAGAUGCCUGCUAUGCAAGAGGGUUGUUAGAUGAUGAUAAAGAGUACAUUGAUGCAAUUAAUGAAGCAAGUCAGUGGUCUACUGCUGCAUCAGUGAGAAAAUUAUUUGUUAUAUUACUUACCUCAAACUUGGUUAAUCGCCCGGAAAAUGUUUGGAAUGAAGUCUGGCAUCACCUAUCAGAGGAUGUACAAUACAACAGACGUAGAGUGUUGCAAGAAAGAGAUUCAGAGUUGUGUUUAUCUGAUGAUGACAAGAAGAAUUCGGUGCUGAUUGAAAUUGAGCGAUUAUUACAGUUGUAA